AUGUGUAGCUUUAUUAAGAAUAAUCUUUUAGAAGCCAUUAAACAUGGAAAGAUAACGUUUACCUUAACUGUGAAAAUCUCGCGCACCUGUGAGAUUGUUCCGAUUGCAAAAACCUCUGGUUAUGAUGGCAUUUUCAUUGACGGAGAACAUUCCUCGUUAAAUUCCCAAAUAAUUAAUGAUUUAUGUAUCACAUCUUUAGGUUAUGGUAUCUCCCCAAUUGUUAGAGUUCCUGGUUGUGAUGCUGCGUUUAUUACGAAUGUUUUAGAUGGAGGCGCACAGGGUAUUGUUAUACCCCAUAUUAACACUAUUGAUGAUGUUGUGAAGUGUGUCAAGGCUUCUAAAUUUGCACCUUUAGGUGAAAGGUCUGUAUCUUCGGGGUUUCCAAACUUUCAGUUCAGCUCUGUUGGUUUUGAAGAUGCCUCCGAAAUAUUAAACGCAAAUACUCUAACAAUUCCAAUGAUUGAAACUAAAGAAGGGCUUAAGAAUAUAAAGAGUAUCGCAAAAAUUGAAGGGGUUGAUGCCAUUCUUAUUGGUUCUAGUGAUUUGACGUCAGAAUUAGGCAUACCUCUUGAUUUUAAAAACCCAAUUUACCUAGAUGCAUGUGAAAGGAUAAUUGAGGCAUGUAACCAAAAUAGUAUCAUGGUUGGAAUCGGAGGAAUUCAGAAUAAUCCUGAAAUAAUUUCUUUCUUCUGCACAAAAGGAGUUAGGUGGUUUUUAGGUGCACAGGACUCCUCUUGCUUGGCUAGUGAAUGCAAAAGACUGGGUCAGAUUCUCAGAAGUAUUACUUCUAAGUAUUUAUCAUAA